AUGACCAGUUGUAACAACACUACUGUGUCCGAGAUGGUUGAUCCUGUGGGAAAAAAUAAAGGCACCAUUAACGUCAAAGCUAAAACGCGUUCAAGCAAUGUCACUUUCAGACCUCCUGUGACCCACGAUAUGGUCCGUUCGCUUUUCGAUCCAACUUUGAAAAAAUCCUUGUUGGAGAAAUUCAUUGCACUGGCCAUCAUUUCAAAUUUUUUCAUUUGUUAUUGGGUUUAUCAAAGAUUUGGCUUACAGUUUACCAAGUACUUUUUCCUUUUACAGUAUAUGUUCUGGAGGGUAGCCUAUAAUCUGGGUAUUGGUGUUGUUCUGCAUUAUCAGUCGCAUUAUGAAACGUUAACGAACUGUGCUAAGACACAUGCGAUUUUCAGCAAGGAGAAUCCACGAGGUCAAGAUGGCAGUACGAAUUUUUCAACAAAUUCUAAGUCUUUUUCAGAUAAACUCUGGAGUUUUAUUAGGAAAUUCUGUCAGUAUGAGAUUAAAACAAAAAUGCCAAAGGAAUAUGACUUAUUUGCUUAUCCGGAAGAAAUCAACGUUUGGUUGAUUUUCCGCCAAUUUGUUGACUUGAUCUUAAUGCAGGACUUUGUGACGUACAUUAUCUAUGUUUACCUUUCUAUUCCAUACAGUUGGGCUCAAAUCUUCAACUGGAGAUCUUUAUUAGGCGUCAUUCUGAUUCUAUUUAACAUCUGGGUUAAAGUGGAUGCGCACCGAGUUGUUAAGGAUUAUGCCUGGUACUGGGGUGAUUUCUUCUUCUUGGAAGAAUCAGAGCUGAUCUUCGACGGUGUUUUCAACAUCUCCCCACAUCCAAUGUAUUCUAUCGGUUAUUUGGGUUACUAUGGUCUAUCAUUGAUUUGUAAUGACUAUAAGGUCCUUUUGGUGUCCGUCUUUGGUCAUUAUUCACAAUUUUUGUUUUUAAAAUACGUGGAAAAUCCUCAUAUUGAAAGGACAUAUGGCGACGGGUCUGAUUCUGACUCUCAAGUGAACGGUAGAAUCGAUGAUUUGAUUUCGAAAGAAAACUACGAUUAUUCAAGGCCCUUGAUUAACAUGGGUCUUUCAUUUAACAAUUUCAACAAGCUAAGAUUUACUGACUACUUCACAAUUGCUACCGUUGUGGCACUCGCAUUGGGCGCGAUACUGAACGUUAAGUCUAUCAAUUUGAAUUACCUUUUUGUUAUCGUGUUCAUGACAAAACUUGUUUCAUGGUCGUUUAUCUCCACCAUAUUGUAUAAGCAAUCCAAGACAAAAUGGUUUACAAGACUGUUUUUGGAAAAUGGUUACACUCAAGUGUAUUCCUAUGAGCAAUGGCAGUUCAUUUACAAUUAUUAUUUAGUGUUAACAUACACAUUAAUGAUAAUUCAAACUGGCCUUCAAAUUUGGAGUAACUUUUCUAACAUAAAUAACAGUCAAUUGAUCUUUGGGUUGAUUCUAGCCGCGUUGCAAACGUGGUGUGAUAAGGAAACGAGGCUAGCUAUUUCUGAUUUUGGUUGGUUCUAUGGUGAUUUUUUUUUGAGCAACUAUAUUUCAACUCGAAAAUUAACUUCUCAAGGUAUUUACAGGUAUUUGAACCACCCUGAAGCAGUUUUAGGAGUUGUCGGGGUUUGGGGUUCCGUAUUGAUGACGAAUUUCGCCGUUACAAAUAUCAUCCUUGCUGUUUUAUGGACUUUAACAAACUUUAUUCUUGUCAAGUUUAUUGAGACUCCUCACGUUAACAAGCUCUAUGGAAAAACUAAACGAGUUAGUGGUGUUGGGAAAACUUUAUUAGGUUUGAAACCGCUCAGACAAGUUUCAGACAUCGUCAAUAGAAUUGAAAACAUCAUCGUCAAAUCGCUAAUUGAUGAAAGCAAGAAUUCUAAUGGUGAGACAGAAAUUUUACCAAAGAACUAUCAAGAAAAUAAAGAGUGGAGCAUGUUAAUCCAAGAAGCGAUGGAUAGCGUUGCGACAAGAUUAAGCCCAUACUGCGAAUUGAAAAUUGAAGACGAGGUAACGGAAAAUAAUUUUGUCCUACCUGAGCCAGUGAGUUUAAACUGGAAAAUGCCCAUCGAACUUUACAACGAAGACGAUUGGAUUGGCUUGUAUAAAGUUAUUGAUACAAGAGCAGAUCGUGAAAGGACAAGAGUUGGUUCAGGCGGUCAUUGGUGUGCGACUUCCAAGACCUCAUACAAGAACCACGGUCUAAGACAUAAGGAUUCCAUUAUGGAUAUCAACGCAACCGAAAAGUACGUCCAAGGUAAGGUGACUUUUGAUACAUCCUUGCUGUAUUUUGAGAAUGGUAUUUACGAAUUCAGAUAUCACUCUGGGAACUCUCAUAAGGUGCUUUUAAUUUCUACUCCAUUUGAAAUUUCAUUGCCAGUAUUAGAUACUAAAACGCCUGAACUUUUCGAGAAGAGUUUGGUCGAGUUUUUGACCAAAGUGAAUGUUUUCAAGGAUGGCAAGUUUUUUCCCUUAGGCAAUAAGUUCUUUGGCAUGGAUGGCUUGAAGCAGUUGAUCAAAAUCUCGAUUGGCGUUGAGCUUUCUUCUGAAUAUAUGAGAAGAGUUAAUGGUGAUGCUCACGUCAUUUCACAUCGGGUUUGGGAAAUAAAGCAAACGCUCGAUAGUCUUGCAUAA